CAAACAGAUGGACAGACCGGGGGACUGGACAGAAGGGGUCAGGUUUCCUGAAGCAGCUGGAGGUCCUGCAAGUCUGGUACCCACCUGGAGAGCCUCUUCCCAUAGGCGAUGCACCAGACACCAGGGGGCAGAGGACAGAAAGCUGCCAAUCACCGCUCCCUCCACCUCUGUGAAGACAGCAGCUUCUAACAGACCGAGCUGAGCUGACUCCCCAUCAUGCCAGGCUGGCUCAGUCUCCCCACACUCUGCCACUUCCUUCUUCCUUGGGCCUUCACCAUCUUCCACAAAGCUCUGGGGGACCCAGCACCCCACCGGGGCCCCCACUACCUCCUGCCCCCCAUCCACGAGGUCAUUCACUCUCGUCGUGGGGCCACGGCCACGCUGCCCUGCGUCCUGGGCACCCCGCCUCCCAGCUACAAGGUGCGCUGGAGCAAAGUGGAGCCAGGGGAGCUCCGGGAAACGCUGAUCCUCAUCACCAACGGACUGCACGCCCGGGGCUACGGGGCUCUGGGGGGGCGAGCCAGGAUGCGGAAGGGGCACCGGUUAGACGCCUCCCUAGUCAUUGCGGGCGUGCACCUGGAGGACGAGGGCCGGUACCGCUGUGAGCUUAUCAACGGCUUGGAGGACGAGAGCGUGGCGCUGACCCUGCGCCUCGAGGGUGUGGUGUUUCCGUACCAGCCCAGCCGCGGCCGGUACCAGUUCAAUUACUACGAGGCGAAGCAGGCGUGCGAGGAGCAGGACGGACGCCUGGCCACCUACGCCCAGCUGUACCAGGCGUGGACCGAUGGACUGGACUGGUGUAACGCCGGCUGGCUGCUCGAGGGCUCCGUGCGCUACCCUGUACUCACCGCGCGCGCUCCGUGCGGCGGUCACGGUCGGCCUGGUAUCCGUAGCUACGGUCCCCGCGACCGGAAGCGCGACCGCUACGACGCCUUCUGCUUCACCUCUGCGCUGGCAGGUGAGGUGUUCUUCGUGCCCGGGCGGCUGACGCUGUCUGAAGCCCACGCGGCGUGCCGGCGGCGCGGGGCCAGCGUGGCCAAGGUCGGGCACCUCUACGCCGCCUGGAAGUUCUCGGGGUUGGACCAAUGCGACGGCGGCUGGCUGGCCGACGGCAGCGUGCGCUUCCCCAUCACCUCGCCGCGGCCGCGCUGCGGGGGCCUCCCCGACCCCGGAGUGCGCAGCUUCGGCUUCCCGCAGCCCCAGCAGGCGGCCUACGGGACCUACUGCUACUCGGAGUAGGGGCCCAUCGCACCCCCUCCAGGGCGCGCGACAAAGCCUGCGAGUCGCGGCCGGGGUCUCUCGCCGCCCUUUUCCCCGCGAGCCUCCCCUCCCACCAGAUGAGGAGCACCACUCCUGGCCCGCCUUCCCGGCGCCCAGGGGGUAGGGCUGUGGGCCGCGGAUCCCCGCUGGCCGGGCGUCGGGAGGGAAGGUGGUUGGGCCCCCGGUGGCGGGGUGCGGCUACUACCCUCAAACCCGCGGAUCAAAGCCCUGCGCCAGCGCCCCCAGCAGGCAAUUCAGCCCCUGCGAGGGGGCGGGAGGGCACCCAGGAGACAUUAACUGACUUCUGUACACAGCAAUAAAAUAACUUGGGGA